GAAAAACUUGAAAUGAUUUUUUGAAAACUGGAACUCUUGUGGAAAAAAAAUUGUGAUUGCAGUGGAGGAUGUCCUGCAAGCAGGAGUGCCUGCUGUUAGAAAAAUGAGCCCUUAUAUCUUCUAGUUCCAAUGCUGAGUCCCUCCCCUGCUGCCAGGUUUACAUUCUUCACGCGCACAUCCCCUGAGUAGUUGACAAAGUCCAUUUCUCUUUGUUUCUCUAAGUAAGCAGAAUCCACAAAACAGUCCCAAGCCUUAAUCUGUCUCCUGCUGCAUGUCUUCCAGAUCUGUUUGUUUCUUCUUAUGCAGUUCUGGAUGCAGAUGUAUGUCUUACAGCCUUUACCUUUGGUAGCCCACCCUUCCCCCAGCUACCAAGGGAGGAGAGUACACAAAUUAACACGCCAGCUGGUCUCCUCUUAUCUGUCAAGAAUGCGCAUACUGCAUCCUUUAACCACAGACAGGAACUUAUAUCGUAUCAAGCCCGAGGUGCAUCCCUUUGGUACAGCAUUCUGAUGCAAAAACAGCUCAUCUCGCACACAGUUCUGAGACGCCAACUUGAAUGUAAUCUGGAACCAAACUAGAAUACUGCAGAGGUGCAGGAAGAUGGUGCCUCUCUUGGGUUCGAAUGGACACGGAAAUGGCCGACUUACUGGUUCCCUCACUUGAGUGUAUGAGUUAAGAAAAUGGUGAUGCAGCUGAUUGCCAUCGCAUCAGCCUUUGUACACACGUGGUUUUCUUUCGAUUUUCCAGUGUACUUAUAAGCUCCUAGGAACUUUCAAAAUUAGAAGGAGGAAUCAGGGACGAUUAAAAACUUAGCUAAUGCUGUAUUAGGGAAUUCUUAACCUACCCGAACUCCCACGCACUUCACUUAGAGAAAAUACUCUACUCUAAAUGUUAAAUGCAGGGAGAAAGGGAAGGCAGUCACUCUGUGUGCGAGAUGGGGGCUUUCACGCUCUUUCAGGCACGGCCGCGGCCGUGUGAGGCGGAGCAGCCCGCGGCGGGACUACAGCUCCCAUCGUGCCCGGCCGCAGGGAGCCGCCGCCAUUUCGCCGUUCCCCCUUAACCGUUGAGCUCGGUCGGCUCCCUGUGCCCCGCCGUCGCUAUGAGCCGCCUCAGCGGCGGUUGGGAUGGCGCCAGCGGGGAAGCUCGGCUCCUCCUGGACCUGUGCGUUCAGUAUUUGACAAAGAACCUUUCCAGAUACACUGCAGAUAUCAAGACGUUGCCACCUAACAUUAAGGAUAAACUAAUUAAAUUAAUGAGUAGACAAGGGCAAAUAACAGAUUCAAACAUCAGUGAGGUAUUGCAUCCUGCUGUAGAGUCUUUAGACCUCCGAGAAUGUGAUAUUUCAGAUAAUGCAUUAUUGCAGCUUUAUAACUGCAAGCAAUUGAAAAAAAUCAACUUAAACUCCUGCAAAGAAAACAGAUUGGGAAUCACUUCAGAAGGUGUCAUAGCCUUGGCUUUAUCCUGCCCUUAUUUGCGUGAAGCAUCUUUUAAAAGGUGCUGCAAUAUAAGUGACAGUGGAGUUCUUGCUCUUGCGCUCAAUUGCCAGUUCUUACAAAUACUGAACUUGGGCAGCUGCUCAGGCAUCAUGGAUGCAUCUCUGCAGGCGCUAGGAGAAAACUGUAAAUUUCUUCACAGUGUGGAUUUUUCAUCUACUCAGGUAACAGAUGAUGGUGUUAUAGCACUAGUGAAUGGAAUGUGUUCAAAGAAUUUAAAGGAGAUCCAUAUGGAACGCUGUGUUAAUCUGACUGAUGUUGCUGUGGAAGCAGUCCUCACCUGUUGUCCAAAGAUACACAUUGUUCUGUUCCAUGGAUGCCCAUUGAUAACAGACCGUUCACGAGAUGUUUUAGAGCAGCUCAUCAUCUCAAACAAAAUCAAGCAAGUGACAUGGACCGUUUACUGACUAUUUUUUGUCUGCUUAUGUAUGAGUGUAAAGUUUACAGUUAGGAGAGCUGUUUCAGGAAACAAGCACCUCUAAUAAACAGCUGGUGACUUCUGUACCUGCAGAUUGCUUCUCUGCUUCUUCCCACCAGAGGUCCCCAUUGCCAUUCCAGUCUUUGAGUGUGAGUCCGAGUUUCCCUAGCAUCUCUGCUUAGAGCCCUGUCUGUCUUUGCAGCUCUGAUCAUGAUUCGUUAAAAGGAAAGUUAAAUUACAGUCAGCAUUACACUAUCAUCUCUCAGCCUCCUUGAACAAUCAGAUGUAGCCGUUAUUAAGCAUGUUUUAGCAUCUUAGCUACCUACACAGACCUGGUCUUACUAAGUCCCUGCUCUGAGUUUUUAAUCUGAGAGGAUAAUUGUAGCUAGUUUGUCUGGAGGAAAAACUGUACGUACCUUUCUUUUGAUGUUAUUGAUGUUACAGGUUUCUGUCUUUAUUUACCAUCAGUAUUUACAGGAGUCUUACGCAUCCAAAAGUACAGUCUGAACAUGUAAAGGCAGAAGAUCUUUGGAAUUAUUGUAGUAUUCAACAAAUCUCAGAAUAGUGCUGAUGACUGAUGAAAUAAUCUUACACGAUACUCAUUUGCUCUGGCUUUUUCCUAUUGCAAAAUCAUUGGAGAGAACAAAGCAUUGGUCUCUAUAAGCAUAGCUGAGAGUGAAGUAAGACCACAUUUAGCAUUGGAGUACAUGAAUCUCAAGACAGUAUAGUUCAACAGAGUUUGUAUUCUGGUUUAUACGGUUUAUUAUAUCUCCAGUGGCCUCUAGAAGAUGAAAAUGUCUGUUUAUGUAUAGUUUGACUGUAGUCAUUUUAAAAAAUUGCAAGUGUAGAACUGAUUAUGUGACAGAGCUGUGGUUUCAUCAUAAUUACAAAUCAUGUUCACUGGCUUUGUUGAAGUAGUAGACCUUACAGUGAGACCUGUAUGAUUUCUGCAUUACACUUCUAAAAAUGCUAGUAACUUCAGCAGUGCAGAGAGCAGACAGCACACUGUGUUGGUACUCCACGUUUGGAAGUAGCAGGAUUUAGCUGGGCAGAUCUUACAUGGAUCUGAUAACUUUAAAAAAUAACUGAGUUUAGACAAUAGAAAGGAGUGUUUAUUUUAUAAUUUAAUGCUUGUUAUAGCUCAUGCUAAUUUUAAAUGUUGUAGAAAGAGAAGAGUCUUCUACUAACCUAUUUAAAGUACAGAUCAAAUGGCAUGGAAGAUAAUAUCCUUUAACAAUACUGGAUGCAUUACAAUAUCUGACAACGAUCUCUGCUCCUCUCUUGAUUAUAUGGCUUAUGGAAGAGCAAGUUCCAUUUAGAAAACUUGUUCAUGUGUAAGUGAAAACAUAAUUUUAAAACUCGGGAUCAUAAAUCUCUAAUUCUUUUUGCAUGAAGUAAUUGAUCUGUUGUGUCUGAUUUCAGGAAAGGUGCCACAAAAAGAGGUGGCACUGUUAGCUACCAGAAGUGGGAAGAGGCUCCAGGAGCCUCCUGCCCAAAUCAAGGCCAGCUCUGAGCUCAGCCAGUUUACUCAGGGCUUUCUCUGACCAAAUCUUUCAAGUGCUAUAUUCAAAAAGAAAAUUAUAAAUGGAAAUACAUAAAGCAGCCUAAGAUGGAAGACCACUGAGGCCUGUAACAGCAAAGGACACUUAUAGUGCUAGCCCUUUGCUAAUGUAACUCUGGAUUUGUCACAUUAAAGGCAAAUGCAGCUUACCACUGUCCUUAAAUGUGCAUGCAGAUUUAAUGUUCUUCUGCAGUCUCUUCUAAAUGUGUAACUUAGUGCUGUACCUCACUUUGUGCUUUAAAAAAAAACAAAAAAAACAGUACAUCAGUGUGAUGAGUAAUACUGCAUUCUUAGGCUUAAAAUUUUGAGUCUCAAUAAAUCCUUCACUUCCAGAGCUUAAGACUGCUCUUUGAUAGGUUUGUUACUAGCAUCCUUCUACUGGAAUCGUUUUUGAUUCAGGUUGAGUCACAGUCAUUUUAAUAAAUGCUUAAGAGUGCAAGAGUGAAGCUGGAGAUGAACAUUGUGUAUGUGUUUACCAGUUCAUAUUUUAUAUUGUACCUGUCUGUUACAGUUGUAUAUUCUUGGGUGAGCACUGCUGAAUAUUUGUAUAUUGCUUUGAAUAUUAAAGCCAGUAAGUCUUCUGUUUGAAUGUUUCUGAAAAUGUGUUAAGAUACAUUUUUAUGACAUAUGAAUGUCAUAUUUGUAUGAGUGUUCACUUCCUACUUUGUAAGCAUCUCUCUUUCUGAGUGCCACACACUUUUUCAUAGUUAUAAGCAUCUACCACAUCAUGUAGGGUUUGGAUAGUUGUGGGUGCAUCGUGUUCCCUUCUUUGGUGUUUAGCUCCCUACCGCUGCUUAUGUUGUAGUUAACUGCAAAACACGAUCGUUAUUUGCUUUGAAGUUACAUCUGAACAUCAGGAAACACUCCUUUACUGUACAGGUAACAGAGUGCUGGCACAUGGUUGCCAGAGAGGUUGUGGAAUCUCCUCCCUGGAGAUCUUUAGAAGCUGCCUGGAGAAUCCUCUGAGCAUACUGCUUUGGGUGUCCCUACUGAACAGGAGGUUUGACCUGAUGACCUCCAGAGGCCCCUUCCAGCCUCAGCCUGUCUGUGAUUCUGUUUCCCAUCACAAUCAACUAUCUUUUUUUAUGCUUGCAGUGUUAGAGAACAUAGACGUGCUUAAAUGUUCUCUUUGAAGGAUUGUUACUCUGUGGCUGUUUAGUCAUUAAACACUUCAGCUACAGCACAAGCUGCAUGUUUUAGAUUCAAUUGCAACUCCCUAAAUAAUCAUUCUUGACAGCUUCAAGGUAGAGCAGCAUUUAUUUUUUUUAUUUUAGAGGGAAGGGGGAGCCUCAAAUUACUUACUUGGACAUUUAGAAGAGAUUAGCAAAAAAAAAAAAAAA